UCCCCGCCACAUAUAAGCCACCAAUUAUCUAACAGUACCUGCCGGGUAGCUAAGUCCCCAUGGGGUAGGCUACCCCUUACGAUCCUCGUCACCAAUCAAUCCAAAUCCCAGCCGUGUGCUAUCCUCCCGUCUACAAACAGCCUAUUCAUCGUCAGUUAACACGAUAUAUACAAGAUAAGACCGAAGAUCUCAUUCAUUGGAAGAAUCUCAUGUUUUAUUGGUGUUGGGUGUCUUUAGUUUCCGAGGCGAAGGCGUACAGGUGUAUUCCCAGAUUUAUAUGCCUUGGCAGUUCUAGGUACCCUAGAGAUGGAGGCUACGAACAUCCAGCAUCGCAUUGUGCUUGAGGAUGAGUUUGAUGCUCUUUCUAUAGAAAUCAAGGCUCCUGGUCCUGUCCACUCUGGAGUCGCUAAGAAAUAUCCCGCUAAGCUUCACGCAAGAAAUCUAGCAAGAGAGCUAGGCAAGCAGGAUGGUCUUAUUUUCCUGCCGGGACAAUGGAAUGUGACAUGGGAGGAUGCCGACCAAGGACCAGCUUUCCGUCAGCGCCGUUACUUCUAUUAUCUUUCCGGAGUAAAUUUCGCAGGGUGCAGCGUCACAUACGAUAUAGAGGCUGAUAAGCUGACGCUCUGGAUCCCUUAUACACCCCCCGCGACUAUUCUUUGGUUCGGGAAGACACCGUCCCCGGAGGACUGCCUCGCCAGAUCCGACGUGCACGACGUGAAAUACAGCAACUCGCUGUCAGAAUACUUGACCUCGCGGCUGGCCAAGGUCAAGACGCUCUAUGUUCUGCGAGCAUCUCAGAUGCCCAAGUCUGCCGAGUUCGAAAAGCUCAAGCCUCAUGUCUUCAUCGACACGACGUCGCUGCAGCCCGCGAUAGACGGGCUGAGAGUGAUUAAAACCGAGUACGAGAUCGACAUGAUCCGGAAAGCGAAUGCCGUGUCUUCGGAGGCGCAUAGGGAGGUAGCCACGUCGAUGUAUGGGCUGUCGAACGAAUGCCAGAUCGAGGCUGCUUUUCUCGGGUCAUGUACGGCGCAGAACGCCCACGUCCAAUCUUACCCCAUUAUCGCCGGGUCCGGACCGAAUGCCUCGACGCUGCAUUACGACGCAAAUAACGAGCCGUUAGCUGGUCGGCAGCUUGUCGUGCUCGAUGCUGGCGCGGAAUGGGAGUGUUACGCGAGCGAUGUGACGCGUACAUUACCCAUCGGCUCGACGUUCUCUCCCGAGGCUAGGGCGAUCUAUGAUCUCGUGCAUCAGAUGCAGGAGGAGUGUAUCCAGCGCAUUCGUCCCGGGGUCGUGUUCCGCGACCUGCAGCUCCAUGCUACUCUCGUCGCGGUGAAAGGCUUGCUGCGAUUAGGCAUUCUACACAACGGCACCGCCGAUGAAAUAUUUAAAAAUGGGACAGGAGCAGCUUUCUUCCCGCAUGGACUUGGCCACCACGUAGGUCUCGAUGUUCACGACGUUCUGAGUCAGGAGCUUCUACGUCCUGUGGGCGAGAGCAUAUGGGGCAAAAGACGACCCGUCGGCCCGAAUUCAUUGCGCGCCAUGAUCAAGCAAGCUGCCAUCACAGAUGGAAGUGGCGAUACCAGCGAGGCUGCUAGUCCGAAGAAUCAUAUAUUACAGCCAAACAUGAUUGUCACUGUUGAGCCAGGUCUCUACUUCUGCCGCCCGUACAUCGAGGCAUACUUCCUGCGCAGCGACCAGCACAGCAAAUACAUAGACCAGGCCGUGCUCGAGCGGUACUGGGACGUCGGCGGCGCGCGCAUCGAGGAUUGCAUCCUCGUAACGUCUGAGGGGUACGAGAAUCUGACGACUGCGCCGAAGGGAGAAGAGCUGUUGAGGAUCUUGGGGGUCGCGAACUGAUUCUUCUUACUUAUGUACCGACCUGCAUGAGUUGUUGACUGUGUAGUGUGAGUGGGUAUAGGGGUAGAUAGGGGGAAAGCAAGGUAGUAAAGCAAAGGGAAGGGAAGGGAUAUAUAUACCCUGACAAUGACCAAAGAUGUCACGUACGACCAUAGCCGCUGGAGAACUCGGGGUCCCGUCCGCUCCCCCCUUAGAUAAGCUAGUGAGCGCCGAAUUAGUAGUUGGGUCGGUGACGACCAGCGAAUCCUCGGUGUUGUACGUUUUAUUUCUUUUGAAAGUUUUUUUAAGGUUUUUUUUUGCCGUUAUCUUUCUACUAGACGGCACCGUCUAUGCGUGAGUACACAGAUAACGUAGGAAAUUGCGUGCGGAGAGAAUGUAGGUAUUUCCGGUAGUUUUACAUCAUAGAAUAGAUAGAUAGGGGCAACUAUAUUCUUUGGAAAAGUUCGGUAUUGGAACGUAUGUGUAAGGCGGACAUCUCUUGGAUCUCAUAUAUACAAUAGAGUAGAUUUUAAUUAGGGUUCGCGCAGCAUGAUGAGGAUUUCAUGGAAAGAGUAAAGAGUUCAGUUCGCGAAGCGUCAUGCCAGCUAUGGAUUUCGUCUCAUGGGAAUUACAUCUGGUGGCCUAGUGGGUGCUUUGAAGU